AUGGCGUCUGCAUACAAAUCAGCGAUGCGGUCAGGAGACGCUUCCGACUCUGAUGACAGCGGCUCAGUCGCAUCCGAUGGGAGUAGCUCAACCCUGCGUGCUGGAUCCUCCAGCGGAGAGGAACGUCUCAAAAGCCAGAAAAAGACGAAUGAUCUGUCUCAAUUGCCUGCUGAGAUUCGGAAUCGAGUGCUGAUGCUCACUUCUCGUGGAGUCUCAUAUAGACACCGGCAUCUUCUCAAUGACCUCCAUGUCCUGCUUCCUCAUACCUACAAAGAUACAAAGCUUGAUACAAAGUCUUCCAACAACUACAACUCUGCCCUCAACGGCCUCGCUGACCUUCAUUCCUGCAACUACGUCUUCUUCCUGGAAGCACGGAAACAUGGUCAAGACCUGUACCUGUGGCUCGCACGUGCUCCCAACGGACCCACGGUCAAAUUCAGCGUGACCAAUGUGCACACAAUGGCCGAGCUAGGGUUUGGGGGAAAUUGCUUAAAAGGUGGGAGAGGUAUCGUUGUCUUUGACAACAGUUUCGAUGAAGAGAUUCCGGGUCAGGAAUAUCGCUCACUACUACGGGAGAUGUUUCGUGGGGUAUUUUGUGUCCCGCCCAAAGGUAUUCGCGGCAUGAAACCCUUCAUUGACCGUGUCAUUGGCAUUUACGGGCUCGACGGGAAGAUCUGGAUUCGCGUGUACGAAAUUCGUGAGUCGGCACCGGAUAAGACGGACAAGGAGCGUGUCAAAGGAGACGAUGUGUCACUCGUCGAAGUCGGGCCUCGUCUUGUCCUCACACCAGUCGUCAUCCAGGAAGGCAGCUUUGGGGGACCCAUCAUCUUCGAAAACAAACAGUUCGUCAGCCCUAAUGCUCUCCGUGCCGAGACGAGAAUGCGCAGAGCCAAUAAAUAUGCGAGUCGAAGAGGUGGUGCUGAAGAGCUAGCGGUCAAGCGGAAAAGUUUGGAUUUGAAUACAGGGGCGAGGAGAAAAAAAUCGGCACUCGACAACUCGAAGCUGUUUGGAUGA